CUCAUUAGGACUCCAUAGAAACCAAUCCUUCUUAUUGAGGACGAAAAACCAAUCCCUCAACAUACAGCAUCAUCUCUCUGAUAUUAACCCACCAUCUAGCUUAGCUAUAUUACUCAUAUAACGUACACCAUGACAUGUCUCCUUGAUUCUCGCUAUACAUCUUUCUUCUCACCAAUCCCACCUCUAGCCAAAGAAUAAAAAGAAGGCUGGAAAAUAAAUUAAAAUUAAGAAAGAAACAAAAAUCAUCACCUUGUAUGUAUGUUUGCGCGGGAUCGAAGUCCUCUCAUCGAUGCAAAGAAGAAUUUAUAAGAAUGGAAGGUCCGGAAUAAGCGAGUCUCCGGCCGCCACAUUUGCCGUGUUGAUUGGUGUCUCAUCAUCUUGCCAAUGUCAUCGUCGGAGGCGGGCUACAAGACGCCCGAAGCAGAAUACAAUACCCCACCGGCGUUAAUAGCAUUCACGUUAGCCAUCCUAGUGUUAUGCUUCAUGGCCUUCAGCGUUGUGUACUUGUGCAAGUACUGCCUUGUAAGCGUCCUCCACUCUUGGGCCUUCCACCAGAGUUUCUCUGGUUCAUUGCUUCGUCCUUCAUCAACAAAUAGGUCUUCCUCAAUAGGCCUUGAUCCUUCCAUGCUUCAAACGUUCCCAACCUUUGUGUAUUCCUCCGUAAAGGACCUCCGCAGCCUAGAAUGUGCCAUUUGCUUGCUCGAAUUCGAGGACGACAGCUUGAUUCGCCUCUUGACUAUUUGCUGCCAUGUUUUCCACCAAGAAUGCAUUGACCUUUGGCUUUAUUCCCACAAGACUUGCCCUGUUUGCCGCACAAACCUCGAGGAGCAUAAAUCAGGAGAAGGAGAAAUCAGUGGUAGCAGUGGUGGUGCUGACAUACGCAUUGACAUAAUAACAGACAUGGCCACCCAAGGUAGUGGGGGUCAUCAGGGUACAGGAGGAGAGGAUCAUUCGUGUAGUGAUGAACAUUAUCAUAAUAAUAAUGGGGUGCAGCAAGAACAUAAGUUUGCAAGGUCACACUCAACGGGCCAUUCCAUAGUUUUUAGAGGAGAAGAAGAAGAAAAUGAUGAUAAAUAUACCUUGAGGCUGCCGCAACACAUUAUAAGAGGGCGGCACCACUAUUCUAAGAGUUGUACAAGUUUUCAAGAGAUGCAGAUGACGACUUCGACUAGGCCUUGUAGUAAUUGUGGCUUUGUUGAAUCUGUAUCUAGCUGCUCCACCUCUCUCGCUCAUAUCCAAAUUUCUUGAAGCUAGCAUCUUAAUCAUUGUCCAAUUACUAUCUCUCUCCCCCUUUUGUUCUUCAUUGAUUUAAAUUUACCUAUACUUUAAGAAGGAACAUACUAGCUAGGUUUUCUCU